CAACAGUGAAGAAGAAACACUUCCUGCAAGCGGUUUCCAUGGCAAUCAGACAUGGCGCCUGGAAACCAACCGAUCCUUUCAUCCACUCCCCUGCAGGUUCUCCUCUACCUGAACAGCUGGUACUUUGGCGCUUUCUACCUGGCAGAGAUUCUCAUGUUCAUCUACAAAGGGGUUUCACUCCCGUACCCGUCAGAUAAUCUGGUCCUGGAUGUGGUGCUGCUGGUGAUCUUCCUCGGUCUGGAGACCCUCAGGAUCUUUUACGGCUGGAAGGGGAACCUGUGCGAGCGCUCUCUGGCCUCGUGUGCGUCGCUCUUCAUCCUGUUUCCCUGCGUGGCGUUGGCUGUUUACUACCUGCUGCUGCAGACCUUCGUCCUGCGGCUGGAGUUCAUCCUCUGCGCCAUCCUGCUCUGCUUCUACAGCCUCGAGUUCCUGCUCGGACUCCUCUCCGUAUCCUCCUUCUCCAGAUCCAAAGUGUACUGAAGAAGACACAUCGAGAGUUCACCUGAAACACAGAACACGGAUCAACAGUGAAAAUACAGUGUAAAUAUAAAACAUUGUCUGUUUUCCUAAAGGAGACAUUUAAAUGUAAAUCUGUUUGACACUAAAUAGUUUCUACUGUUUUAUACAAACUGUUUGUACCAGUGUAUCGACUCUGAGAUCAAGAUAUUUUUGUAAAUAAAUUCUGGUUCAUUAAAGAUU